ACAGGCGUGUGAAGAAGGACGCAGUGGUUUUAAAGUUUCUUCUUAAUUAUAUUUUUCGUUUAUCCUGUAGCAUAGAGAGCUCAUUUCAAGAUGAAUUGUUCUUAUAACAUUACUGUGCUGAGCUCUGUCCUCCCUCCAGUCCUGGGUGUGGCGUUCACUUUGGGAGCUGUGGGGAACGCCUUUGCUCUGUGGAUCUUCUGCUUCCACCUGAGGCCCUGGAGGAGCAGCACUGUCCUGCUCUUCAGCCUGGCUCUGGCCGAUGUUCUGCUCCUCGUGGCCUUACCGUUCCGAAUCAGUUACUACAGCUCCAACUUUGAGUGGAAAUUUGGAAACACUUUUUGCAGCAUCUGCCACUUCCUUGUAAGUACGAAUCGCACUGGGAGUACAUUGUUUCUAAUCGUGAUUGCGUUGGACAGAUACAUGCGUGUGGUUCAUCCUCAUCACCCUGUUAACUUUAUGAGUGUCUCCAAAUCUGUGUGUGGGGCUGUGAUUCUCUGGCUCCUGACAGUCAUGUUGGGCGCCUUCUUCACUCUAUACAAAUCCAACAAGGGCUACUGUGGAGACUUCAGAAGCCAAUGUGAGCGGAACCAGACCAUGUCCGGGCAUAGACUGGCAUAUCUGUUGGCCUUCUAUGUGCCUUUCCUGGUGAUUCUCUUCUCUACUACGAGUAUCGUCCAACACCUGCGGAGAAGACGGAUCGCCCAACACACCCAAGUGAAAAAGGCAUUGUUGGUCCUGAUAUCAAUAAUCAUUCUCUUUGUCGUCUGCUUUCUCCCAAGUAACAUCACCCAACUGGUGAUUUGGUCUAAGGUGAGAACUAUGGCAACAUGGGGCUGUGCAGAAAUGGAACAGAUGACAAUAAUCUAUACUCUGACUGUGAGCUUGACCUACCUGAACAGUGCUAUGGAUCCAGUGGUUUAUUUCUUUUCCAGCUCAGAGUUUAGGAGCAGGUGCAGGAGAGCAUUGGGUCUAAAGCCGUCCUUGGAUUCAACUGAAGGUGGAGAAGCAUCAACACAGCCAGAGAGCCAGUAGAACCCUGAAGUUUAGAUUUUCUGACAUGUUCUGAAAUGUGAUUGUUGUAUUACUUUGUUAGUUCAUAUAUGUCAGUGUUUUUGACCAUUCUUCUGACAUUUCUUAUAAACUUUGGACAGAAUCUUAUUAUUAAAACUAAAUUGUAAAUCCA